AAUUAUUAAAAUGGCCGUCGUAACAAUCACUACGGAUACAGAAGAUUCGGAAAUUCCCCAAAGAACCGAAGUUGGAAGUUCCACUCCGCUCGUCGAUGAAAUUAUGCAGCAUGCCGAUGUUAAGUUAUCUAAAAUAUUGUUCACUGGAGAGACAAGUUCACAAAUUAUUUCGCUGGGAAAAGGGCGCGGAAGAUGCAUUUCCUUGUGGGAAAGAGAUGACGGAAUUGAUCCUUUCAAAGUUUUGGCCACUAAAAAUUCCGAAAUCGAUCCCAAUGAUGCAUGCACAAUGACCGAUAAUCGAGUCUGUAUUGGUUAUGCAGACGGAUCUCUAGCUGUUUUCAGUACGGAUAAAGACGAUUUAGCGCUGAUGUCGCGGAUUCCAUCUAUUCACAGCGGCUCGGCAAGUCGUAAGAUUUGCCGGCAUGGAAAUUCCAUUUUGAGCGCUUCUUCAAACGGAUCUCUUGUAGCGGUGGAUGUGGAAACUGGAAUGCCCAGGACAAUUUUUACGGGACAAGCUGGUAUUCGUUCAGUUUGCACAACUUUCGGUACGAAUGUGGUAAUGGCUGGCGAUGCAAAUGGGCAGAUCACGAUGUGGGAUUUGAGAGAAAACAAUGAACAUUCUAACACCCUUGACCCCAUCAAAACCUUAAUUCCUUCUAAAAAGGCACUCGAUGCAGUCACAGCCUUGUGCUCUCAUCCAGCUCAAUCAAAUCUUGUCUGCUGUGGAACUGAUGAUGGUAUUGUUGGAUUAAUUGAUGCCAGAAAUGUUCGUGGAGCAAAUAUCACAAGUACUUAUCUGGUCGCAAAGAAGGCAAUUUCUCAAGUCAUGUUUCAUCCAAAAUGCGGAGAUAAUCUUCUGGUAUCUUCAAAUGAUGGAAGCUUGAUCAGAAUUGAUGCAUCUGGAGCGCCAAUCGCCGUUGGUCCUCGUUCAACAAAAGACACAAUUUGGUUGGAAGGCGACCUAGUGAAUUCUCUCCGUCUUGAUCCAAUCAGAAAUGAAUCUGUGCACUCUAUCUCAUCAUUUGAUAUUCGUUCAGACACUGUUGUCACUGCAAGCUCAAUUGGAUUGAUCUCACUGUAUCAACAACUUCCAUUCUUUCCAAAUUCCAAUUUCGGGAGAUUUUAAUCGUGUUCAAGCAAUCAAAAUCAUGUGAAACAUCUUUGAAAUCGAUUUUUAAUUUUAUUUGCCGGUUUUACUUAAUUUUGAAAUUCUGAUUCCUAUAAAACUAUUUUUCAUUUU